UUUACGGGCUCGACCCCCCCGGAGCUCUCGAGUCAUUUCCUCGGUUUGGACUGAAACGCGCACACACGGUUCCCUGACACGGUUCGCAGUGGCACAGAGAGGCGGAGGAGCUGCGACUGGAUGUCAGAGGACCACAGGGAGAUACUGCCAUUACCCUUAAAUGUGAUGAAAAUAUAAUAGGACAUUUCUUUUUUUUCUAAAAAAGAAAAAAGAAAAAAAAAAUCUCCAGGAUAAGCAGACGAGUGAGAAAACACCCUUCAACCUUUUUUUUUUUUUUUUUGGAAUUUGGAAUUUGGAAUUAAUUUCUUAUCUCCAUCCAGAAGGUGUGCUUGUUAAAAAAAAAAAAAUGUUGCCACAUUGCUCCCUCCUGCUGUUGCUGUGCGUGGCCCGGCUGUUCUCCCCCUCCUCUGCCCUGCCCUUCGAGCAGAAGGGCUUCUGGGAUUUCGCCAUGGACAGCAUGGACAGCGGCGGGAUGAUGACGAUGAUGAGGGACGAGGAAGAAGGCUCAGCCGUCGAGGAGGUCCUGCCCCCUGACAUACACAUGUGCCCCUUCGGUUGUCACUGUCGCCUCCGGGUCGUCCAGUGCUCUGACCUCGGUCUGACUGAGGUGCCAAAGAAUAUUCCUCCAGACACCAAGUUCCUGGACCUGCAGAACAACCGUAUCACUGAGAUUACAGAGAAUGACUUCAAAGGCCUUACUAACUUAUAUGGUCUGUCUCUGAGGAAUAACCUUAUUUCCAAAGUCCAUCCCAAAGCAUUUGUCCCUCUGAAGCACAUGCAGAAGCUCUACUUCUCAAAAAACCUUCUGACCACUAUCCCUAAGAACUUGCCAGCCUCUCUGGUUGAGAUCAGGAUCCAUGAGAACCGUAUCAAGAAGGUGGCAGCUGGAGCCUUCGCAGGACUGACCAACAUGAACUGCAUAGAAAUGGGAGCAAACCCCAUCCAGAACAGCGGUUUUGAGCCUGGAGCCUUCCAGGGACUGAAACUGAAUUAUCUGCGUAUAUCAGAAGCCAAACUGAGUGGGGUGCCAAAAGAUCUCCCAGAGAGUCUCAAUGAACUUCAUCUGGACCACAACCAGAUCCAGGCUGUAGAACUGGAGGACCUGAGCCGCUACAAAAACCUGUACAGGUUGGGCCUUGGCUAUAAUCAUAUCCGUAACAUAGAGAAUGGCAGUCUGGCCUACCUGCCCAGGCUGAGAGAGCUGCAUCUGGACAAUAACCGCCUCAUUCGUAUUCCCAGAGGCCUCCCAGAAAUGAAAUACCUACAGGUGGUGUACCUGCAUUCCAACAACAUCAGCCAGGUGGGUGUGGAUGACUUCUGCCCUCGAGGAUUUGGGAUGAAGAGGACGUUCUAUAACGGCAUCAGCCUGUUUGCUAACCCUGUCAACUACUGGGAGGUGCAGCCCGCAACGUUCCGCUGUGUCAGCGACCGGCUGGCCAUUCAGUUUGGCAACUACAAAAAGUAAAGACAGGGAGAUGCUGAGAGAUGGAGAGAUUGAGGGGAAGGUGAUGGAGGAGGAGCAGAUAAUUUAAACAAUGAAAAAAACUUGAGUGAUAGAGGAAAGGGAGUUCAUAUUGCAGAAGAUUAUUUUUUAUUAUUAUUAUUAAUGUUUUUUUGGAGAGAGAGGUUGAGUGAUGGAGAAAAUGGGCAAUAAACUGAUUAAAUAGAAGGAGAAGUCAACAAUACAACAACACAACUUGAAGGGAGCCGUAAAGCAAAGCGCUUGCAGUGCUUCAUCUGAGUUUUCGCAUUUUUUAAAUUUAAGGUUUUAGAGUUCUACCAUUUGAAAAGAGGAGACUGUCUGAGAAGAAUGUUUUCCCCAUGUCUAAAUCGAUGAAAAAUGAGUCCUGAAAACUUGUGAAGCAUUUCAUUCCUUUUUUUUCCCACAAUAGUGCUUAUUGUGAUAGAGGUCAUUUUUGUUUUAUUAACAUUUUGGAGUAAAAAUAGAAACGCAAUGCUUUAUAGAUUUAUAUAUAUAUAUAUAAAAGGUGCUCAGUAUGCCUUUCUGUGUGUGCUGAUUUGGGAAAUCCAUCACAUUGUCCCUGUUUCACUGGUCUGAAGCCUUUUGGUCCUCAACUCUGUGAUUAAAUGAUACUGUAUUAAUAAACAACUAGUCACAGAACUGGGCCAUUUUCCACCAUCUGCAGACACAAAAACAAUUGCACAAAAGCUGAAACUUCAGCUCAUGUUUAUCACCAGUUAAACAACAUUUUUGUAUAUAUCAUCGCAGUCGAGUGAUUAAAGGAACAAGAGGUACAGUUUAAUAUUCCCUUCAUCAGAGCUAAGCAUCUUUUCUUAUUCACCUGAGGUAACUGAACCACCAGCAUACCUUUGUAAGGAGUCUGUUCUGUGCCUUUACUAAAUAUUAUACUGUCUGUAUGAUACUUUAAUACAGUAUUCCUUGAGGGGACACUGAGGUGGUGGGGGUUUUCCCCAGAUAGAGAAAACACACAUCCGCUUUGCUUUGACACAAUGAAGGCAGUGUGUUCACGUAGUGCUACAAACAAUAGUAGUGUUGAUGCAUUGUUUUGCACAGUUUUUCUGUUAUGCUUUAUCUGCUUCAGGGUUACUGGGGGGGUUCGCCUGUUUACAUUGGUAGGCCUAUGUGGAACUACUUUAACCAUAAGUAUUCUGUCCUGUCUCUGUUCUGUAAUCUGACAAGCUACUGCUGCAUGUGAAUAAAAACCAUUUUUAGCCUGCUGCAUUAAGCCAGUGAACAACUGAUGCCCCUGGGUUGGAUGCUGUGUGAGAAAUAAAGAGGAAAUAUCAAAAAUGGAAAACA